GUUUAUAUUAGAGAACUCAGGGUUUUAGAUUUUCUCUCGUGAAAUCGAAUUUUGAUCAGCGAGAGAGGAGAUAUGGGUGCUCAGAAGAAAGGCGGCGGCGCUAGGGUUUCGGAGGAUGCGGUGGAACAGAGUCGUCAACGAUUGCAAGCAAUUCUUCUUGCCGAUAGCUUCGCCACGAAAUUUCGUCCCGUAACCCUAGAACGCCCAAAGGUACUAUUGCCGAUAGUUAAUGUUCCGAUGAUUGAUUACACAUUGGCAUGGCUCGAAUCUGCUGGAAUAGAGGAGGUUUUCGUCUUCUGUUGUGCUCAUUCGAUGCAGGUUAUCGAAUAUCUGGAGAAAUCUGAGUGGUACUCGCACCCAAACUUGCUUGUGAGAACAAUCGAGUCGCACAAAUCUAUCAGUGCUGGAGAUGCUUUACGUUACAUGUAUGAGCAACAAACAGAGACGUCUCAGAUUCAAGGUGAUUUCGUUCUUGUUAGUGGAGAUACUGUGAGUAAUAUGCCACUAGCUGAUUUGAUUAAAGAACAUAGAGAGAGGAAGAAGAAAGAUGAGAAAGCUAUCAUGACUAUGGUUAUUAAGCAGUCUAAAUCUUCUCCACUCACGCAUCAGUCAAGAUUAGGAACGGAUCAGCUCUUCAUUGCUGUAGAUCCUUUGACAAAGCAGCUUCUUCAUUACGAGGAAGAUAAGGUUGAUCAUCCAAGUGGGUCCGUUUGUUUAGAGAAGUCAUUGUUGGAUACUAAUCCUUCUGUUUUAGUAUGCAAUGAUAUGCAGGAUUGCUACAUUGACAUAUGUUCUCCUGAGGUGCUUAGUCUCUUUGAGGAUAACUUUGAUUAUCAACAUCUGCGUCGUCAUUUUGUCAAAGGUGUGCUUGUUGAUGAUAUCAUGGGUUAUAAAAUUUUUACUCAUGAGAUUCACUCGAGCUAUGCUGGUAGGAUUGAUAAUUUCCGAAGCUAUGACACUGUUAGCAAGGAUAUAAUUCAGAGGUGGACAUAUCCUUAUGUACCGGAUAUAAAUUUCAGCGGAAAUCGGCCUCUAAAGCUUGGGAGACAAGGGAUAUACCGGGCUUCUGAUGUAGUUCAAUCACGAUCUGCUGAUGUUGGAACUUCUACUGUCAUUGGAUACGGCACGAAAAUUGGUAAUGGGGAUAAAAUCUCGAACUCGGUUAUUGGGAAUGGAUGCUCUAUUGGAUCAAAUGUCGUGAUAGAAGGCUCGUACAUAUGGAACAAUGUUACGAUUGAAGAUGGGUGUGAAAUAAGGAACGCUAUUGUCUGUGAUGGAGUGAAAAUCAGAGCAGGAGCUGUUCUGCAGCCUGGUGUUGUUUUAUCUUUCAAUGUUGUAGUUGGGCGGGACUUUGUUGUGCCUGCAUACUCAAAAGUUUCCCUACUUCAACAGCCAACGACAGAAGAUAGCGAUGAAGAGCUGGAAUAUGCUGAUAGUAGCAGUGGGACUGCAGAUCAUUUGUCAGGCCUUAAUUUGCAAAUGGAGUCCAAAGCAUCUGAGCUUGGUCCUGAUGGAGCAGGUUACAUAUGGGAAGCAUGUGAAGGGGCUCAUGAUGAGGAGUGGAAGCAUUCUGUUGCACCAAUCCCGAAGGAUAAACUUUCUGAGAUUACCCAGGCCAUAGACGAUGACGACACUGAUGAUGAAAGUGUUGUCCCGGCUUCUGGAGAGUUGAAAUCUGAUGCGGAUAGUAUAAACACUGAUGUGAAUGAUCCCAAUGAUGACUAUUAUUACUUUGAGAAAGAGGUUGAAGGUACCGUCUUAAGGGCUGUUGAAGAGAAUAUCAAAGUGGACCUUGUAACUCUGGAGAUUAACGGGCUCCGGUUGUCAUACAACAUGGAAUCUGCAGAUUGUGCUGGAGCAACAUUCUACUCGAUGAUUAAACUGGCAGUUGAUACUCCACACAACUCUGCUAGUGAGUUGUAUAAAAACGCAGCGAGUAUCAUUACAAAAUGGAAGGAACUUCUUGGGUUCUAUGUAAAGAAAAUUGAUGAACAGAUAGAAGUGAUCAUGAAAUUUGAAGAGAUGUGUCAGGAAUCUCCCAAAGAGUUGGGGCCUUUGUUUACACAGAUUCUGCAUCUUCUAUAUGACAAAGACGUGUUGCAAGAAGAUGCAGUCUUGAGAUGGGCUGAAGAGAAAGCAGGCGCAGAUGAAGCUGACAAAGUAUAUCUGAAACAAUGUGAGACAUUCAUACAGUGGCUCAAAGAAGCAUCUGAGGAGGAAGAUGAAGAUGAUGAAGAUGAAGAAGAAGAUGACUGAAUUGGUAAACCUGAUUUCGAUGGCUCUCAACUGGAAGUUCACUAUGGCCUCACAUUUUGAUUGAUCAUUUACUUUUAAGAUACUCUGUUUUUGCUGCAUCGUCAAUAAUCUUUUUUUUUCCAC